ACUUGUAAAGAGAUCCUGUCAGGGUGGGUGUGAGGACAAAUUGUACAGUUUUCCUGCUUAGACGAAUACUGUUUUAGUUUGGUAACCUCCUCUUGACACCUGAUGCAAUUAAUGAUUGAAGGAAGCCAAUAAGCCGCCUUACUCUAAAACCAAAUAUUUGGGUGUUAGCUGGAAUGGUUUUAGUUGCAGUAGCCGGUGAGGUUUCUUUAGAACACCUCUGAUUGUUCUCAGUUUUCUUCAUCAGGUGCAUUUGGAUACUUGAAGCUGUGAAUGAGCAUUACCUUUUGUGCACAAUUUAGCAAUUCAUACAGACUCAUAUGAAAUUUGCUGAGGCUUUUAUCAAAGUCCUUUAAAAUUUGAUCUCUCCUGGAUGUGGACACAUUGAUACAAUCUGCCAAUCAAAAGGCCAAAAGCUAUUAAGGAAACCUGAUAUUGACUGGAAAAGAAUUGCUGGGAUUAAGUACCUAACUGCAUGUACAAUUAAGUCUGAUCAUGCAGCAUUGGUUUGAAUAUUAAUAUUCUCAGUGAAUCCAGCAGUAGCAUUAGGAAUUCUGCACUGCUUUGUAUUUACUAUAACACCAACCCCACCUCACCCUGUGUUAUGCAAUAACGGAAUGAAGGGAGUGAUGGAUAAUCACUUGGACCUCAGUUUCUUGACAGAGGAUGAGUAUCAGGCACUCUUGAAAGUUAUUCAGAGAGAUUCCGAGCUCAAGAAAAAAGACAGUGAACGAAUCAGGACAGCACAAAAAUCCAUUCAAGAUGAAAAGAGAAGGAAGCUGGUUACUGGAGUUUGGUUUGAGGAAGUUAAAGCAAAGCGUUACCGAAAUUCUUUACUUGGAGUGGACCUGAUCAAGGCCUCAAUAGGGAAGAAAAAGCCCAUAAUACACGAUGCUGCUCAGAAGACUGAAUCACAACAAGCUCAGCUUUCAUCAUACCUCAUCCCAACCUCAUCUCAAACUGCCAGAUAUGAAGAAUCAAGUGAUUCAACUGAUGGAGCCAGUGAAGAGUCUCCAGAUGAGGAUGAAGCAAUCACAGCAAAGCGAAAGACUAAAGUGAAAGAUAUUCAGAAGAAGUCAUUGUAUGAUCCUUGGCCAAUCGGCAAUGAAGAAGCAAGCUGUACCGGAUUUGCUGUACAAACACAAGAAAAAGGGCAGCAAAACAAUUCUGUAGGACCUAAAGUAUCCACUCCAAAAUCUGUGCCAAUUGUGGAUUGGCAGAAACGAGCCAAGAGUAUAGAUAUUCACUACCCACAAACCUACCAGAGUCCCACAGGUUCUGACAUAUCAACUGAAAUUCAGAUGAAACACACUUACAGUGUUUCUCGAAUUCCAAGAAGAAUACAUUCUAUGGAUAUCUCAGGAGACUUGAGAGGAACUGGGGAGCCAAGAAACUCGAAUGACAUGACCUUAGAACAGGGUCACAUAAGUGACAUGGUCUCUUUAACAGGUCCACAAAGGGCUCCUGCAGGUUUUAGUGCCGAGUCUCCUGUUUUUGAACAAGCUGAAGAUACGAUGAAACAAGACAAUGAUGCAGACAGCUCCUGUGAUACGAAGCAAACCAAUCAGACAUCUGACAUCAGAGGCCAAAGAACUGCUUCACCUGAGGGUAAUACUCAGACUCCAAGACAGCACAGUCGUUUAGAAUUUACAGGGGAAGCAUGGAAUGCUGCAAAAGAGUCUGAACACAGUAAUGUGAAUGGUCAAGGAUUAACCACAGUCUCUACAAUAGCAUCACCAGUGAGUGAAAAGCCCCUGGAUGUGCCAAAAUCCAGGAAGAGCCUGGCCACUCACUGUAAAGGGGCAUCCACUUACCAGGUUCCAGAGAUAAGUGACAAAGAGAAAAUGCAUAUUUCUAACAUUACCCAGUUUCCAAAAUGGGACAGCACAUCCAGAGAAAGUGAAACUCAGACAAGCAAGAAGCCAGAAAGCUUUGCCUCUGAGUCAGGUCCACGAGGACUACCAUUCGCCAAAACUAAUGAAGACCAACAAGCUUACAAUACACUUGAGAAAUUGAACCUCUCACCAACAUCUCAAAUUCCAAGACUAAAAAUUGCUUUAGAAACAGCAGGGGAAACUCGAAAAAUACCUGCUGAGGAUCUGAAGCCAUUGAGUAGACAGUUGGCAGGUAAGAAUGAGACUACUGAGGUGUCUGACCAAGCAAAGGCUGCCUUUCAUCCUACUUCCAGAAUAGCUAAAUAUCAGUCAUCCUCUUCUGAUGAUGAGAGAGAGAAAGACCAUAAACAAGGUGCUGUGUUCACCAUAAAUGCCUUAGGUAAUAAGCACCUUGAAGGUGAAGCUCUCACUGACCCCAACCAUUUCAAAAGCCUGAAGCACUUUUGGGAAAGAGGAAUUGAAUCCAAUAAAGCAAACAAUGAGCUUCCAAGCAAUGUUUCCAAACGUCCAUUUAGAAGACUCAGAUCACCAGACUACAAAAGCUGCCCCACUGAAGUAAAGCAAUCCACAGUGCCUGAGUCCAAGUCCAAUUUGGCAACCAGGGAAAUUCCUUCUACAAAUAGCUAUCCUAACUCUGAACUUCAAGGGAACCAAUCAAUAAGUCAUUCGUCUGAGGAAGGAGAAAUUGACCAGUUAACUAGGACUAGCAAGUUACCACCCGUUCCUGCUCCAAGAGUCAGAGCAGCUGUCAAAAUUGAAAAGCCUGAUGCAUUGAUGACCAAGUGGGACCAAUAUGCAGAAGCAACUCCUUCUAUGGUUGAUGAAGUAUCUAAAAUUAAUAUUCAGCAAUCUCAUAGUGAUGAUGAUCAACCAAAAGACUCCAUUGCACUGGAAUCCAUUGAACAUGGCAGACCCAUAACAUUGAUACAUUCCAAAAGCUUGAGUUUGGAUGAAUCUUUGUCAGUCAUGAAAAGCAGUCAAACUCCUCCUGAUUACAUUGUGGAGGAACCUAUAAAAAAGGAGAUUCUUCCACCUAAGGAGAUUGAAAGAAAGGAGAUGUACAAAAAGAUAAAGAAAAUGGCAAUUGAAUCUGCUGCAGAUAACCCACCAUCAACAGAGGAGCUCACAGUGGUUAAGGUUGAUGAUAAAGUCUGUAAUGAAAGUCCAGUAUUACUUUACAAUGAUCAUAAAUCAGAGGUGAGGACACCAGUAGACAAUUACGUAAUAAGACUUAAUGGAGAAUUUCAACUUUGUCCAAAGGGAAGGGAUGAGGAAAGCACACUAUGCUCUUCCCAGUCUGAUACUCCUACUUUGGAACAGGAUGUAGAUCCAGGAAAAAAUGAUUGCACCAACAUUUCAUUGAAGAGCCAAGCAGAAGCCCUGGUGGAAAAGUCAUCUGAAGAUGAUCCUGCUGAACCUCAAAUCAUCCUGCAAUACAAUAAACACUUACUGUCAAGAAGUGCAAGCGAAGAAUCACGCACAAAGGCACCUUCUGGAGAUGCUAAUGCGGGAACAUCAUCUACAGAUGAACUCCAUCAUUCAGUUAAUCUGAACUCUGUAACUGUUAGAAAACCUUUAACUGUUGUCAGUACAGAAGGUGGUGAAGCUGACCUUCUGGCUCGUGCAUUAACCAGUAAUUCCAGUGUGCAGGAGGAGGAAGCAUCAAACGUUCUCCUUCAUAUGGCUGAUUCAGAAAAUGAUGAUUUUCACAGGAUGAAGUCAGGUACCACUUAUGGAUUGUCCCCAGUAAUGAAGGCUUUAGCCAGAGCUAAGAGGAAUAAUGCUAAGAGUAUGGACAAUUUAAACUCUACUGUAGACCGAGAAACCAUCACUACUUCAGUGAAUGAGAAUGAUGUAAAAAGAGAUGCUGAUGACAAGCCCCCUGCAGUAAAUAUUCCAACUUUGGAGCAUUCAAGGGUGAAGGAGCUGAGCAAGUCUGUUCCUAUGCUCAUGACUGAGAGUGAAUCAGACUCUGCUUCAGAGGUCAGCUUCAACAUUGGAUGGCACAGGAAGACUCCCAGCGAUGCCAGCCAUUCCUCAGAUAUGGCAUCUGUGUCUUCAGUGAGUGGAAGCAUCAUGAGUGUCUACAGUGGUGAUUUCGGAAGCAUUGAUGCUCAGGGGUCAGUCCAGUUUGCUUUGGAUUACAAUGAGAAGAACAAAGAGUUCCAGAUUUAUGUGAGUCAGUGUAAGGAUCUGGCUGUAGUGGAUGAGAAGAAGGGUCGAACUGAUGCGUAUGUUAAGACCUACUUGCUUCCAGACAAGGCACGUAUGGGCAAGAGGAAGACCUCUGUCAAAAGACGAAACAUUAAUCCGCUCUACAAUGAAGUAUUGAAGUACAAAAUUGAGAAGAGUGUUCUCCUAAUCCAAAAACUCAAUCUGUCCGUCUGGCACAAUGACACAUUGGGCAGGAAUAGCUUUCUGGGAGAGGUGAAUGUGGAUUUGGCCAGCUGGGACUGGAGUAAUCGAGAACUUAACUGGUAUCUCCUAAAGUCAAGGUGUCCAGCGAUGGGAGUUGGAGUGGAUCACAGAGGAGAAAUAAACCUUGCUAUCAAAUAUAUACCACCCGGCACUUUGGGUGCUGGAGAUCCUCCCACUGGAGAGGUACAUAUUUGGAUGAAAAAUGCCAAGGAUUUGCCCCAACUUCGAUCAUCUGGAGUGGACUCAUUUGUGAAAUGUUAUGUGCUUCCUGACACAAGUAAGAAGAGCUACCAGAAGACUCGGAUUGUGAAGAAGGAUACCAACCCUAUUUAUAAUCAUACUAUUGUAUACGAUGGCUUCAGAACAGAGGAUCUGAAAGAAGCCUGUGUUGAACUGACAGUAUGGGAUCAUGAAAAACUGACUAAUCAUUUUCUGGGUGGACUCAGGCUGGGGUUUGGCACAGGAUAUAGUUAUGGAAUCCCAGUAGAAUGGAUGGACUCUACAGAAGAAGAGAUAGCUCUCUGGCAAGACAUGGUGUCAAAUCCUAAUGAAUGGAUACCAGGCUCCCUGCUACUUCGGUCUCAACUGGGAGGCAAGAAGCUUAAGUGAAAUAGCACUUUGUGCACAAAGACUUAAUCUUGACCUUUACUGCCAAAAUAUUAUUUGUCAAUCAGCAACUGAAUUGAUAGUGCACUUAGAAGACUUGAUAACAUGAAUCAAGCCUUUUUGUCUGUUUCAAAUAUUUUCACCUUGUAAAAUGACUGAAUGUAUGCCUUUACAGAUUUGAAUCUUAAAUUCUUUUUAAAGAAGCCAUUUCAAAUCUUUGUACAAAAUCUAUUUUCUUAAAAUUCUUGUAUCCCAACUUUCAUUUGGCCCUCUACAUUUCUAUGGUAGUUUUCUGUGUCCCAUCUGUAGUCUAUUCCUGCUUGAAGUUUCUCAACAACACUGGACAUGUAAUUUCAAUGUUAUUUCUCUUCCAUCCUGAAUAAUGUUUUGCUGAAAUAUGAAAAAAAAUUAAAAGGAUUCAGCAAGUCUUGCAGAAUCUGUGAAAUGGGAAACGAGUUAAUGUUUUGGAACUGUAGGUUACAACUGAAAAGCCAUUGGCCUGAACUGUUAACACAGUUUCUCUCUUCAAAGAUGCUGCCUGAGCUAUAGAGAAUUUCCAGCAUUUUCUGUUAAUCUAGACUUUCAGCAUCCAUAGCAUACUGUUUCACAUAAUUAUUUUGUUGAAGAGAUUCUCAGGAACACUCCAAUGUUUUAUACCAAAGAAUGAUGGAAUAGCUCUCUGUACCCAUAAUUUUCCUUUACAGUGAGCUUCUGGUUUCAAAAAUGAUGUGGAGAUGCCAUUGUUGAACUGGAGUGGACAAAGUCAGAAUAUCACAACAUCAAGUUAUAGUUCAACAGAUUUAUUUAAAAUCCCAAGCUUUUGGAGCACUACUCCUUCAUCAGGUGAUAGGUUUCAUCUGAUGAAGGAGCAGCACUCCAAAAGCUUAUGAUCUUACCUAUUGUGAGACUUCUGACUUGUUUUCAAAAUGCCACCUAGGAAGUUUCUGAGUAGAGGCCAGUUAAAUAAAUAAGAACCCUUUCACCUAAUUUUUGCAUAUCUUUUAAAAUAGUUCCUGUUUUUUUCCUGACUACACAAUAAGUCAAACUGAAUUCCUACAUUUGAAUAUUACCAGUUGAAUGUGCUGUGAACAGGCCUGAAGAAAUACUGGUCAGAGAUCUGACAUAGGAACAAUAGUUCUAGAUAGCUCCUGAGAUAUAUUGAGACUUGCUAACCCUAGCAGUUAGUAAUAUGGAGGAUGGUCUUUACAUCCAUUUUGCUUUAAAGGACUCUUUAAAUUUAAUGUUUAGGUGAUUCCCCCUCCCUCCACAUUAAUUAGCAGGUGUAAAAAAUUCAGUUGCAAGAGGUUUCAAUUAAGAGCUUGCCAGUUCUCAUGCUUAAACUGACACUAAUGUAUGGAGCACUUUGAGGAAAUUAGGUUUUGCUCAGAAUCUAAGUGCUGCAUUUACUUCCCUUAAGAAAUGCCAUAACUGAGGUCGUUCAGAAAAUAAGUACCAUAUGAAAGGAUCUUAAAUAGAGCCAUAACAUCCAUCUGGCUAAAGUUGGUUAGAGACUCGUCUGCACCUGUAGGAUUGUAAUAUUAUUGCCAUAGUAGAAAUGUAUCUGUCAAAUUGUUCAGUUAGGUAAUUGCUGUUUAAUUAUCAAUAGAGGAAUUAUUUUUUGUAGAUUCCUUUUUAGGUUGUUUGUCUCACGUUUCAAAUAUUUGGAUUGUUGUAUGCAGUACAUACCCCACAUUCCAAAUGCGCUUGUUUUAUUGCUGUAGUAUUAACAAGUAGGAGGCAAACGAUGUUUUAGAUAAAUGUUGAAGCUUCCCUCAAGUCAUAUCAUAACUUCUUGUGUUUAACCACCUGCUGCUGUGUUGUGCACCAACAAUGUAUUUGUUGUACAUAUUAAGUACCCCUCAGUUAAUGACAGUAAUUUAAACUUUAGGCAUUACCUACUAACUACAAACAGUAAAUUGCAUUGGUGUGCUUUAAAUAUGCUGAUGCUGCUUCAAGGAUUGCGUCAUCUAGCCACCUGACAUGGUUGGAAACUUUAUGUAAUUUUUUAAAAGUUGAAGUUCUAAUUGAAAUGGGUGAAAUAUCAGUGAAGUUUGUCUAUUACAAUGUGAGACCAUUUAUGAAUUCAUUCCUCACUUUCAUUUACCUGCUAUAUUUAGCAGCCUGAUAAAGGGCUAACUGAACAUUGUGAUCAGAGAAGAAUAUAUUUUGACAUCAAUAUUAGGCUUAACCCUUUGUUAUUCUGAGUGAUGGACAAGAUAGCUAUUGAUCACUCCAUUUCUAACUGGACCACAUUUCAGUUGUGCAUAACAUCUUCUCCCUGUAAUUUUCUCACUGGAAACAAUUGAUCUGUUGAGCAAAAAGGCAUGAAUAAACCUUAAAAAUUUGAGGUGUGGUUGUAUGCCUUCACCUCAUUCAUAAUAUUUUUAAAUCUCUACAACCUUCUACCAUUACUUAAUGGUUUUGUCGCUGCUAUUUUCUGACACAAUUUGCAUUUCAAUGUUUACAUGUUGUAAUAUAUUUCAGUGUUUGAUUAGCUGGUAUUUAAUUUUUAUUAAGAUGUCAUAAAGCUUUUUGGUGCAAAAUCAAUGGAUCUCAAUAUUGUUGAAUUCAACUUGCAUGAUGCCAUUAUUGUUUUUUUCGAACUGAACUUAAGAAACGAGAAGUGGAAAUUUGAGCUAUGAUUUCAUUU